GCCGAGCCCGCCCGCCGCGCCCCGAUGAAUGGGAUCGCCUUCUGCCUGGUCGGGAUCCCGCCGUCCGCCCCCGCGCCGACGCCGGCCCGGAGAGAUGGGGCGUCCCCGAACGCCAACGCGCCCCCGGAGGGGGGAUCCUUCCCCUGGGUGGGCCCCAAGACGGUGGCGCUGCGGAAGAGCCCCCAGGGCGGCUUCGGCUUCACCCUCCGCCACUUCAUCGUGUACCCUCCGGAGUCGGCCGUGCACUCGGCCAAGGAGGAGGAGAAUGGGAACCGGGCAGGUCCCCCCCGGAGCCGCCUGGAGCCCAUGGACACGAUCUUCGUGAAGAACGUGAGGGAGGACGGGCCGGCGCACCAGGCGGGGCUGCGCACGGGUGACCGGCUGGUCAAGGUGAACGGGGAGAGCAUCAUCGGGAAAACCUACUCCCAGGUGAUCGCCCUGAUCCAGAACAGUGACGAUGUGCUGGAGCUCUCCAUCAUGCCCAAGGACGAGGACAUCCUCCAGCUGGCCUAUUCCCAGGACGCCUACCUGAAGGGCAACGAGCCGUACUCCGGGGGGGCUCAGAGCAUCCCGGAGCCCCCUCCCAUCUGCUACCCACGGAAAACGUACCCCUUCCAAGCUCGGGGUGCCGAGCCCGCCCCGGGCCAGCCGCCGGACCCCCGCGCCCCCCGCUCGGCCACCACCGGUCCCUCGUCCCCGCUCGGCGCCCGCAGCGACACCGGCGGCAGCCCCGCGCACCGUCCCGAGGAACUGCAGCCCGGGGGUCCCCCCCCGCGCCCCGCCGCCCCCCACGGGCACCCCGGCUCCUUCUCCCGCCCCGCCUGCCCCGCCAACGUCGCAUCCUCCGUGCCCGACCGCUACGGGAUGUCCCCCGCCACCGCCUCCUGCUACGGCGCCCCCAAGCACCUCCCGGAGCACCGGACUCACUGCGGCUUCAAGGAGGGUGUCGGGGGGCUCUCGGGAGCCGGGCGGCCGCCCCGGGACGUGUCGGGUGCCCAGCAUGUGCCCGGUCGCCAGGAGUGCCAGCAGGCGCUGUCGCGCUGGUUCUGCAGCCAGGAGCCGCGGCGCAGCGCCUCGGAGGAGCGGCGGCACGCCAUGCCCCGCUACCGCAGCGUGUCCCACGACCGCCUCGGGGGCUCCGGGGCCGCGGCCCCGCGGGGCUGGCCCCACAGCGCCUCGCACGACACGCUGCUGCAGCCCAGCCGCGAGGGCUGGGCCCCCCGCGCCCGCUCCGACCACUACCUGGGCAGGUACGGGCGCUCCAUGGAGGCGCUGGAGCCCGGCGCGCUGCUCUCGUCGCACCUCGACCGCUCCGCGUGGCCGCCCGAGAGGCUCUGCCGGGCCGCUGUCGCUGUCACCGCCACCGCCGGGCAGCCCAUCCCGCCCGCUGCUUCCUCCUCCUCCUCCUCCUCAUCGCGGGAGCCGGUGCAGAAGCACCCGUCGCAGCCCAACCUGCAGAGCGUGGAUGACUCGGGCUACAUCGGCUACCGCAGCUACAGCCCGUCCUUCCAGCGGCGCACCGGGCUGCUGCACGCCCUGUCCUGCCGCGACCCGGCCUUCGGGGGGCUGCCCACCUUCAGCAUCGCGCAGCGGUCGGCGGCCCCGCUCAGGGACAGCGUGGUCAGCCCUGCCGCCCUCGCCGCGGCCACGCCGGCGGCGCCCAGCGCGCCCCGGGAGCCGCGGCCGGAGGGCGGCCGCGUGUCCGAGCAGCCGGAGGAGCGCAGGGAGGAGGUGGUGCUGAGGCAGAAGCCGCCCACGGGCCGCAAGGUGCCCGCGCCGCUGCGGCAGAUGAACUUUGUGUUCCCCGAGGGGGUGAAGGAGACGGACAUUUGUGACCCCACCGGGGCCGCGGGCAGAGGGGACAGGCCGGGGAGCGAGCGGCCGGGCCGGCGAGUGGCUCCCUUGGCGGCCCCCGAGGACUCGCUGGCGUCCAUCCCCUUCAUCGACGAACCCACCAGCCCCAGCAUCGACCUGAAGGCCAAGCACGUCCCGGCCUCCUCGGUGGUGUCCAGCGCCAUGAACUCGGCGCCCGCCGUGGCCACCAGCCCCGCGUCGCCCACCUUCGCCUUUGCCCUGUCCCGGCACUACUCCCAGGACUGCAGCAGCAUCAAGGCCGGCCGCCGGUCCUCCUACCUGCUGGCCAUCACCACCGAGCGCUCCAAGUCCUGCGACGACGGUCUGAACGCAUUUCGGGAUGACGGGAAGAUCCUAAGGAGGAUGCCCAGCAGGGUCCCCAGCCUCCGCAUGCUGAGGAGCUUCUUCACCGAUGGGUCUCUGGACAGCCUGGGCACGUCCGAAGACGCCCGUUCCAAAAGACACUCAACCUCCGACCUCUCGGACGUGCCGUUCAGCGCCGUGAGGAAGGAGGGCUGGCUCCACUGCAAGCAGAUCCUCACCAAAAAGGGGAAGAAGGUCGGUGGAGGCAUCCGGCAGUGGAAGCGCGUCUUCGCCGUGCUGCGCACCCACUCGCUGUACCUGUGCAAGGACAGGCGGGAGGCGGUGACCUGCGCCCCGGCCCCAGGUGAGGAGGAGCCGCCGAUCAGCAUCCAAGCGUGCCUGGUGGACAUCUCCUACAGCGAGACCAAGAGGAAGCACGUCUUCCGCCUGACGACCGCUGACUUCUGUGAAUAUCUCUUUCAGGCAGAGGAUCGGGAAGACAUGCUGGCCUGGAUCAAAGUCAUCAGGGAGAACAGCAAGGCUGAGGGCGAGGACCCCGGUUUUGCCAGCCAAGCCCUUAUCAGCAAGAAGUUAAACGACUACCGGAAAGUGAGCCCUGCGGGCACCAAGCCCGACUCGUCGCCCAAGGGCCCUCGCGGGCUGGGGAUCCGAGCCGAGUUCCUGAAGCAGACGGGAACCAGCACGCCCCGGUCCCCCAGGCAGGACGCGGCCAUCACAAAAGAUGAAAGCAGCACUCAAAAAGCCCCGUGGGGCAUCAACAUCAUGAAGAAGAACAAGAAAUCUGCCCCGCGCGCCUUUGGCGUGAGGCUGGAGGAUUGUCAGCCUGCCCCGGACAACAAGAACGUGCCCCUGAUCGUGGAAGCGUGCUGCAAGGUGGUGGAGGACCGGGGCUUGGAGUACAUGGGCAUCUACCGCGUGCCCGGCAACAACGCGGUGGUGUCCAGCCUGCAGGAGCAGCUCAACAAGGGAGCCACCGAGAUCAACCUGCAGGACGAGCGGUGGCAGGACCUGAACGUCAUCAGCAGCCUCCUGAAAUCCUUCUUCCGAAAGCUGCCCGAGCCCCUGUUCACCGACGAUAAAUACAACGACUUCAUCGAAGCCAACCGGAUUGAAGAUGCCAGCGAGAGGAUGAGGACGCUGCGGAAGCUGAUCCGGGACCUGCCAGGCCACUACUACGAGACCCUCAAAUUCCUGGUGGGUCACCUGAAGACCAUCGCUGACCACUCGGAGAAGAACAAGAUGGAGCCCCGGAACCUGGCGCUGGUGUUCGGCCCCACGCUGGUGCGAACCUCCGAGGACAACAUGACCGACAUGGUGACGCACAUGCCCGACCGCUACAAGAUCGUGGAGACCCUCAUCCAGCACUCAGACUGGUUCUUCAGUGACAAGGAGGACAAGGGCGAGAAGACCCCCGUGGAUGAGAAGGAGGCUCAGUCCGUGCCCAACAUCGAGUACCUGCUGCCCAACAUCGGCAGGACCGCGGCGCCCGGCGAUGCCGCAGGCUCGACCCGCAGCGGCUCCGCCAAACCGAAGGGCACGUGGCCGUCGCGCAAAGCGCCGCCGCACCGGGAGCUUCUCGCCAUCCCCUUCGUCUCGGCCGCCGCCCGCAAGAGGAAGAAGAGGAGAGAGGCCGAAGGCGUUGGGAGCAGCACCGACGACGACGCGGAGCGCAGGGACAGCCCGGGCCGGCAGCGGGAGCAGGAGGGCCCCGCGGUGACACCGGGCAAAGCCCCCCGCGGCACCAGCACCGAGCCGGCGGCUUCGGGCCCGGCCGGGAUGGAGCGGGAAUGCUCCGCCGAUCCCGCGGGCACCGGCUCCGAGCCGGCACCGGACGCCCGCUCCAUCGUGUCCGGCUACUCCACGCUGUCCACCAUGGACCGCAGCCUGUGCUCCGAGGUGCACUCGGUGGCCGGGAGCCGCGGGGAGGAGGCGGAUGACGAGCGCAGCGAGCUCAGCCACAUGGAGACGGACACGGAGAGCCGCGAGGGAGCCCGGCCGCGGCCGGGACAGGCCGGGGCGGGGACGGGCGACGAGGACAAGUCGCCCCUGGGCCGCCCCUCCUUCAACUCGCACCGCCUGAUCCAGUGCGACACGCUGGCCCGCAGGAAGCUGGGGCGGCCGCGGCCGGCCGGGGACAGCGCGGGGGCGGCCAGCGGCGACGAGCAGAGCUGGGUGGCCCCCGGGCGAGCGUCGCUGCGGGAGCAGCUCCGGCAGCACCUGCGGGGCUCCGCCGAUGACAUGGGGGUCCGCCUGCGCCGGGCGCACUCCCCCGAGACCCGCCGCAAGAAGAGCAGCUGGCGCCGGCACACGGUGGUGGUGCCCGGCGGCCUCAAGGACCUCAACUUCAACGAGUGGAAGGACCCGCGGGGACUCGAGGGGACACCGGGACCCUGUCGCGACAAGGACUCGGGGCUCAGCAGCCUGGAGUCCACCAAAGCCCGGCCUGUGGCUUCAGCCCCGGCCCCGCCUGGCACUGCUGGCCCGGGCACGGCCACCAAGAGCCCGCCGGGUAGCCCCGGCCCCGCGGCGCCCCUGCGCUUCCCGCAGUGUCUGUGACCCCCCCGGGCGGUGUUUAAUUUAAGGACUGUCCCUUGUCCCCGUAUUUAAUUGUGCUCUGGACGAGCUGCUGGUGUUAUUUAACAGGUCCCGGUGGCCCCGCGCCGUGGGGGGACAAAGCCACCCCGUCCCCCACGCUUUGGGGACCAGUGGCGGUGCCACCGCACGGUGCCCCAGCCCCCAGGCAGUGCCAGGAGGGGCGUGGGGGCUCAGGGGAAUGUCCCCAGGGGUGGCCCUGCUGUCCCCAGCCGCGGCGGAGCGAAGUGCGGGCACUUCCCUGGGCGCUGCGGCUGCUCCGGCUGGGACCUGGCCCGGGUUGGGGACCCUGGGGACACUGGGGACCCUGGGGACCCUGAGGACCCUGGGGACCCUGGGGACACUGGGGACACUGGGGACCCUGAGGACCCUGGGGACACUGGGGACACUGGGGACACUGGGGACACUGGGGACACUGGGGACCUCGGUGUCACACACCCUUGCUCUAGGGGACCCUGGGGACCCUGUCAGAGACCCCUACCCUUGGGGACAUCAGGGUCAGAGACCCCUACCCUGGGGACCUCGGUGUCACAGACCCCUGUGCUGGGGGACCCUGGGGACAUCAGGGACCCCGGUGAUCCCGAUGCCAGACCCCUGCCCUGGGGACCUUGGGGGUCCCAUCUCAGAGACCCCUCGUGGGCUGGGGUCCCUUGGGGACUUCAGCACUGUCACCUUCACCUGGGGGGGCUCUGCAGAGCUGGGGGAGGCUGGCACUGAGGGGGGACACCCUGUGACAGGGGGGACACCGCCACCCUUUGCCCCCCGUGUGUGGCACGUCCUGGAGUGUCCCUGUCCCCUCCCAUCGCUGUCCCCUUCCUGCCCCCCCAAGGCCAGAAGCACUUUAGGAAGGGAGUCUGGGGACCCCGGGCGUGGCCACGCGGGGACACAAGUGCCACCACCUCGGUGGCCUCGUGUCACACCCUGUCACCGUCUCUCCGUGUCCUUCUCAUACGUUAAUGCAAAUAUUUGCUGUAAAGUCGUUUGGUUUUUUUCCUUUUCUUUUCGGAUUUUUUGUCGUUUUUUUUUUUUUUUUUUUUUUUUUUUUUUUUUUUUUGUUCCUUUCCCCCCUGUAAAUAUCGUCCCUGCCCCUGUAACAUAUCCCAAAGGAUUUCUAAGGAUUUUUUAAGAAGUUUUGCUCAGCGGGAAGGCCAGCCCCGAGCAGGGGACGUGCUGGACCAGUGGUGACUUUUUAAAACCCUCCUGCAUGUCCCCCCCCAAAACCCCUUCCCACCCCAAUUCCCGGCCCCAUCGGGAUCUGCAAAACUGCAAAAAAAAACCCCAAACCAACCCAAAAAAUCCCCCUGCUUUGCCCCCCCAGCUCCAGUCUAUGUAUGGGAAAUAAACUGGUUAUUCAAGGU